AUGACUUCCCCACAGACACAAAAGGCCGUCCUUGUCACAGAGAUCGGUAAGCCAGUCACUCUGGUCGAUGACUGGCCUGUUCCGCAGCCAGGGCCAGGACAGGCUCAGGUCAAAGUCGUCGUCGCCGGCAUCAAUCCCCACGACCGCAAAGCACGAGACCAGGGGCUUUUCAUCAAGGAUGCUAUCCCUGCUGUCUUGACCAACGACGUCGUCGGAGAGGUCACGGCACUCGGCGAAGGUGUCACCAAAUACUCACUGGGCGACCACGUCGUCUACCAGGCGGGGUUUGCGGUACCGAACAAGCAGAACGGACUACAGCAGUAUGCUGUCCUCGACCUAGAUCAUAGCGCAAAGCUACCCGAGGGGAUCAGCGACGACGACGCCGCCACUCUACCGACCAACAUCCUGGCCCCGCUGGUUGCGCUUUUCGACCCAGAGAAGGGACUCGGAAUCCCUGCACCUUGGACGACCGAGGCGUCCGCCUUUGACUACAAGAAAGCGUCGGUCCUGAUUCUCGGCGGGGGAAGCAACUGUGGCAGAUUCGGGGUCCAGUUGGCCAGCUUGGCCGGUGUCGGCCGCAUCGUCGUGGUUGGCGGCGACGAAGCUGAGCUGAAGUCGUAUGGGGCAACGCACAUCGUCGACCGCCACGGCUCGCCGGAUGAGGUGACGGCAAGGAUCCGCGAUGUCGUGGGCGACGAGUUGAUCUAUGCCUACGAUGCCAUCAAUCCACCCGCGACGCAGGUCGUCGGCGUCAAUGCUCUGUCGACAACGAAGAAAGGAAAGUUUGCUCGUCUCUUGCCUCUCGGCCCGGUAAACGAGGCUUUCGUCAAGCCCAAGAAAGAAGGAUGGCAGCUGUAUAAUGUGUUUGGAAGUAGUGAAUUCAGACCAGACUUGUGUAAGCCAUUCUGGGAGCACUUGCCACGGUACUUGGUCGAGAAGAAGAUCAGACCGACCGAGUUUACCGUCUCCAAGGGCUUGAGCGCAGAGAAGGUCAAUGAGGUGUUGGACGCGUACCGAGAUGGAAAGAAGGUCACCAAGACACAUAUUCAUGUACAGGAGUAG